AUGCAAAAUCGACUGGCUUUUAUCGAUUUUGUACAAGGACUAUUGAAUCUUAACCCUUUAGAGCGCUGGUCUCCACAGCAAGCAAAAUUGCAUCCAUUCAUAACAGGUGAAAAGUUCACUGGUAAAUUUACACCGCCUAUGCUAAUGAAAACGCCUAAUAAGAUAGGGUCAUCAACAGCACAGCCUAUAUCUUCAAAUUCAUCGGUCCCCCAGAAUCCAAGUUUGAUGCAAAUACCCUCACCUACAAAAUAUAAAGCAUCAAAUAAUUCACCAAAAAUACAACAAAAGAACCCUUCUUUUGCUCAUGAUAUGCCUACAGUGACGAUUUCUCAUGCCGCUGCUUCUAGCAGUCAAAUUUCAUCUUCAAGACAACCGUCGCAGCAACAACAGCAGCAACAAACUUCGACUAAAAUGUCUUCAUUAGUUCCAAAAUCUAGCAUAAGUUCAUUAAGACCUAGAGCUAGCACGAUUGGAAACAUUCAAGUUCCACCACAGAUACAGAGAGCCGCAGCACUUGUUACUCCGGGUAGUGUUGGUGCAUCACCAGGGGAACAUCCUAAAAAAGAUCCAAGGCGAUUACCACAGCAUUAUCCUCAUUUGCAAUUAUUGCAAGAACAAGAUCAACAACAUGAAAUACAGCAAUUUUCUGUUGUAGUGGAUAGUGAUGUUAAACGUACAUCCGAUUCGACAAAUGGUCCUAAUAAUAAUACAUCAUCUGGUGGUUGGCAAGAACAAGAAAGGCGAAAUCAAAAAGAUGAACGGUCACCAAAGGACGAGCGAAAGCAUAUAACAACAUCAAAUGAUUUAGGAGGGGUUGACAGCUCAAAUGAUAAUAAUACCACUGCAAAUAUAAAAAAUAUAAAUAACGAGAAGAGGGUACGUAAGACUAAUGAAGUAACUAUGCCUGGUAGUAUGCCAAACGGAGUAAUAGCAGGUUUGGGAACUACAAGCGGUGGAUUGGACGACAGCAUCCUUGGUUCAACUGGACCCCCGCUACAUUUAACACAGCAAUAUCAUCAAAAAUCUCUGCAACAACUCCAACAGAUACAAAUUGAACAGUCAAAAAACAGUGCUCAAAAUAGCAGCAAUAAUAAAUCAUGGAAAUCAUCGUCACCCUCAUCAUCAUCGAAACCAUCAGUAUUACCUCAACAUCAUCAUUACCAGCAGUCCGGAUUACGCCACCCGUCACCAUUACCUGCAGUUUCUGUGAACGUAGUCUCACCCAUAAUGACCCAUGCACAGCCUCGCCCUUCUAACUUCCGCUCGUCGCCUUCAUAUAAUAAUAAUCAGUCUCCAUUAUCGUUUCGUAAUUCACCAAGUCAUUUUACUACACCUAGCACUUCACCAUAUAUGAUGCAGAAACAGCCAUCACAGAAUCAACACCAACUUCCAUUACCUGCGACUCAUCCACAGCCAAAGCAACCAUCUUCGAUAGCAUUAUCGGGAAAUUAUCAUCAUAAUUUAGCUCCUCCAACAAAUUAUGAUCAAUACAAUCUUCAUUCACAUCAAUCACAUCGUCAUUAUCCUAAUAAUCGAAUAUCACCAUCUACUUCACCAUCAUAUCCACCAAACAAUUCUUCACAAUCAGGAUAUGGUAUAUCCUCUUCGCCUACUACUUCUCAUCAAUUACCGUCAUAUUUUCAAAAAAAUCAUAAUUUUGGUCAUAAUCAUCAUCACAACAGUUCCUCUUCACAGAUGGGACCUACCUCCUUAUCACAAGGAGCGUCACCAAAUCCCAUAAGUCCGACUGUCCCUGGUAAUUCAACGAUGACAAGUGAUGCACACCAUCACCAUAACAAUAAUCAUGAUCCAAAAUAUAAUAACCAAAGAGAAAUAAAUACUUUGCCGUAUCAAAUGGCUUAA